UCCCAACUCCCAACCCCAAACACCAAUAAUUUCUCAUCCAACCCUCACCAUCUGAUCAUAGCAGGAAACAGUGUGCUUUUCCCCACCACAAUGUUUCUCUGGCUCUCUAAGUUCUACCAUUCACACCUCACGAUCACAUGGCCUCUAGUAAUCUAUGCCGCCACAUGGGUUACCUUACUCACCUUAACGGUGGCGGUGGCUUCAUUCUCCCCGGAGGUGGCUUUUGUCUCCGCCAUAUCACCCUCCUCUUCAUUCUCUCAGAAGUGCAGCAAAAGUGAGAGUGAUGGGUCAUUUAUUAGAGUUCCUUUGGACAAUCCAAGUGAGACGCUGUGUCUCCCUGCUCAACUUUUCGCCAUGUCCAGCAUUGAUAUCAUCGUUCCACCCGUGUUUUCGGCGCUGAUGGUAGCUGCUUCUGCUUGUGUGGUUCGAGCUGUGGGCUUGUUGGAACAUGAUUAGACCACUUUAUGAGAUAUAAGCUAUGUUUGGCAUGCCAUUUCAGCUAGCUUAUAGUUUAUUUGACUAGCUUAAAGCUUAUUUGACUAGCUUAAAAGCUCUUCAAAAGUGUUUGGUGAAUGAGCUUAUUUUAGUAGCUUAAAGCUUUAAGCUAUAAGCUAUCUCAGGUAGCUUAUAGCUUAAAGCUUAUAGCUUAUUAAAUUUAUUCUCAUUUUUAUCCUUAUUAUUUUAUUAAAAUUCUACCAUUACCCUUAUAUAUUUAUAAAAACACUAAACUUAUUUUCCCCUCACACUUACA